AUGGCAGCGGGCGACAGGAGGACCACAACAAUGAAGACAGUGACGGCAUGCACGAUGGGGAUCGUGCCCGUCCUCCCAAUCGUUCUACUCGCUCUUAGCGGCACCUCGGUCUCUGCCAGGUUCGCCUUCAGGGGCAGGAACGCUCACAACGAGGGAAACCUCGAACAUGUGGCCGACGCUCAAACGAUCAACAGCAGUGUGCGCAGCCUCCAGGCCGAAGUCUCCAUGUGCGACGGCGGAAUUGUCGGCAUCCAGUCAAGCGAUGUGUGCUGUUCCGCAAGCUGCGGGUCUUGCGGAGGUUCUGGGUGCUCUUCCAGGGACGGUGGAUCGGAAUCCUGCUGUGGUGGCGGAGUCAGGGCUUCCGGUCGGUACUGCUCCGUUACGGGAGAAGCGCCCUGCAUGACUAGCCCGGCCCCUACGCCGGAACCUACGCCGGCUCCUACCCCUGCUCCCACACCUGAAAUCCCGAUGUGCGACGGCGGAAUUGUCGGCAUCCAGACAAGCGAUGUGUGCUGCUCCGCAAGCUGCGGGUCUUGCGGAGGUUCUGGGUGCACCGGCAGGGACGGUGGAUCGGAAUCCUGCUGUGGUGGCGGAGUCAGGGCUUCCGGUCGGUACUGCUCCAUUACGGGAGAAGCGCCGUGCAUGACCGGUCCGGCCCCUACCCCGGAACCUACGCCGGCCCCUACGCCGCCCCCUACAGUUGAAGUCCCGAUGUGCGACGGCGGAAUUGUCGGCAUCCAGUCAAGCGAUGUGUGCUGCUCCGCAAGCUGCGGGUCCUGCGGAGGUUCUGGGUGCACUGGCAGGGACGGUGGAUCGGAAUCCUGCUGUGGUGGCGGAGUCAGGGCUUCCGGUCGGUACUGCUCCAUUACGGGAGAAGCGCCGUGCAUGACCGGCCCGGCCCCUACCCCGGAACCUACGCCGGCCCCUACGCCACCCCCUACAGUUGAAGUCCCGAUGUGCGACGGCGGAAUUGUCGGCAUCCAGUCAAGCGAUGUGUGCUGCUCCGCAAGCUGCGGGUCUUGCGGAGGUUCUGGGUGCAGUGGCAGGGACGGUGGAUCGGAAUCCUGCUGUGGUGGCGGAGUCAGGGGUUCCGGUCGGUACUGCUCCGUCACGGGAGAAGCGCCCUGCAUGACGGGCGCGGCCCCUACGCCGGCCCCUACGCCGGCCCCUACGCCACCUCCUACAGUUGAAGGCGAGCGAUGUAUGCUGUUCCUUGAGCUGCGGGUCUUGCGGAGGUUCUGGGUGCACUGGCAGGGACGGUGGACCGGAAUCCUGCUGUGGAGGUGGAGUCAGGGCCACCGGUCGCGAUUGCUCUGUUACGGGAGAAGCACCCUGCGUUGUGACAAGUCCGGAACCUUCGACGCCGGCCCCGACGCCGGCCCCUACACGUGCAGGCCCAUCCACAACGCCGACGCCUACGACCGUCACUUCUUCGCCCGGAACUACGCCUGCGCCCGGAACUACCCCGACACCCACGACCGUCACUGCUGCGCCCGGAACUACGCCUGCGCCCGGCACUACCCCGACACCCACAGCCGUCACUGCUUCGCCAGGAACUACGCCUGCGCCCGGCACUACCCCGACACCCACGACCGUCACUGCUUCGCCAGGAACUACGCCUGCGCCCGGCACUACCCCGACACCCACGACCGUCACUGCUUCGCCAGGAACUACGCCUGCGCCCGGCACUACCCCGACACCCACGACCGUCACUGCUUCGCCAGGAACUACGCCUGCGCCCGGCACUACCCCGACACCCACGACCGUCACUGCUUCGCCAGGAACUACGCCUGCGCCCGGCACUACCCCGACACCCACGACCGUCACUGCUUCGCCAGGAACUACGCCUGCGCCCGGCACUACCCCGACACCCACGACCGUCACUGCUUCGCCAGGAACUACGCCGGCGCCCGGCACUACCCCGACGCCUACGAUGAUCACACCUUCGCCCGAAACUACGCCGGCCCCUACGUCUGUCGGUGGAACUACGCCGGCCCCUACGUCUGUUGGUGGUACUACGCCGGCCCCUACGUCUGUCGGUGGUACUACGCCGGCCCCUACGUCUGUUGGUGGCACUACACCGGCCCCUGCCGGAGGUCGUGGUGGAGGCCGUGGUACGCCGACCCCUACGAUGAUCGCCGGAACGCCGGCCCCUACGUCUGUUGGUGGUACUACGCCGGCCCCUACGUCUGUCGUUGGUACUACGCCGGCCCCUACGUCUGUUGGUGGCACUACACCGGCCCCUACCGGAGGUCGUGGUGGAGGCCGUGGUACGCCGACCCCUACGAUGAUCGCCGGAACGCCGGCCCCUACGUCUGUUGGUGGUACUACGCCGGCCCCUACGUCUGUCGGUGGAACUACGCCGGCCCCUACGUCUGUCGGUGGAACUACGCCGACCCCUACGAUGAUCGCCGGAACGCCGGCCCCUACGUCUGUUGGUGGUACUACGCCGGCCCCUACGUCUGUCGGUGGUACUACGCCGGCCCCUACGUCUGUCGUUGGUACUACGCCGGCCCCUACGUCUGUUGGUGGCACUACACCGGCCCCUACCGGAGGUCGUGGUGGAGGCCGUGGUACGCCGACCCCUACGAUGAUCGUCGGGACGCCGGCCCCUACGUCUGUCGUUGGUACUACGCCGGCCCCUACGUCUGUUGGUGGCACUACACCGGCCCCUACCGGAGGUCGUGGUGGAGGGCGUGGUACGCCGACCCCUACGAUGAUCGCCGGAACGCCGGCCCCUACGUCUGUUGGUGGUACUACGCCGGCCCCUACGUCUGUCGGUGGAACUACGCCGGCCCCUACGUCUGUCGGUGGAACUACGCCGGCCCCUACCGGUGGUCGUGGUGGAGGGCGUGGUACGCCGGCCCCUACGUCUGUCGGUGGAACUACGCCGGCCCCUGCUGGAGGUCGGGGAGGUCGAGGUCCUUAGUUCAUGAGGUCGAGGCCUACCCUUGGUUGGAAGGACGUUGGGAGACCACUUACAACCUCCAGUGGAUGUUCCUGGCAAAAUGUAAAGCCGGCCAGGUUGUGCAAGGUGAACCUUGUUGGAGGUUUCACGCACAAACUGGUUAAAGAUCAAGUCGUUGAUGGUAUCUAGUGGAAGGUGUAUCCUUUUUUCGAAGAAUGGGCAGUAGCUCUAGAUGAUGUUGGGAAUAUAUAUAUCGCAUCGUACAUCAAACGUCUACAUGGGUAACGUUGGUAAGUACCUAGGGUUGUGUCAGGGUUACCUAGUAGUGAGACGCGCAGUAGCGCGGCGUGCUCUUUGUGUCUUAUACUGCUGAAAGAGCAGAGUGCGUUUGAUAGGACAAGUCUGUCCUUUUACUUUUUUGUAUGCGAUAUUCCAGAAGUUUUAUUCUGAAGAGACAACACUUUUUUUUCUUGAUAUUCGUAGUUUCAGCACCUUAUUUUCUGAGUGUCACAGAUUGGUGAAUCGCCUUACCUACGAAAGUACGUUUCUAGAAUUUCUUUAGUGGUAUCUGGCGACUGGAUGCUGCAGAGGCAUAGAAGAAUUGGUUUACCCUAUGUUGAGUGCGUGGGCGCGUUUUGGACGCAAGUUUACCUGGGUUUCCGUCGGUAUCCUGUUUGGAUCGUGCAGCCCCCAUCCCGCCACUCUGUUUUCUAUCCGGUCUCACCGACGAGAUAACUGUGUUUUUCCGACACCGUUUUUCCCCUGAGAAUUCUUCGUACUGAUGCAAGAGUCCACCGGCACGAUCUCUCACGGAGGUUAAGUGCCACGAGCAGCGCAAGCCGUGUCGCAACGCACCACGUGUGUGUAUACGCUGUGCUCCAAGUUCGGA